CGGUUGUGUUUUUUUCCGGUUGCCCGACGUCACUCUGCUCCCGCCUUCUCCGUCACUUCCUGGAUACGCGGCUCUAAUUCUCCUAUGGAAAAUGGCGGCGGCGAGCUCAGAGCGGGCUCUGACCGAAGAGGAACCUGAACUAGAGGCAGAAGAGAAGCCCGAGCCGGACCCAUGGAGGGGACUGGGGUCAGUAGUCAAACGGGACCCCGAGGUGAAGCUGCAGAGCCCCGUGAGCGGCUUGGAACCGCUGUCGUGGUCCGAAGACCACCGACUCUCGGCCUCCAGUACCAGCAGCAUCUCUUUAUUGGAAAUCGUUUGCGACGUCCACGGCUACGGGCAGGAUCUGGUCAUCCACAGAACAGCCAUCCCCGUCCCGGAGCGCACCUGCGUGCUCAAGGUGGGCCCUGAAAAGAAGGUGGCUGAGAUCAAGGAGAUUUUCGCCAACUCCAAAGACCCGACGGUCAGCCAGCCUUUCAUGCUGGACCGGCUGCUGAACCCCGAGGGAGGGGCGUUGACACCCCAGCGCGGAUUCAAGUACACCAGCUGGUCCCCGCUGGGCUGCGACAGCAACGGCCGCUGCCUCCUGGCUUCCUUGACUCUGGACAACCAGCUGACCAUCCAUGGCAACCUGAACCGCCUCCAGUGGACUUCCUUGGUGAACCUGACAGAGGUGUACGGGGAGAUGCUGGAGGAGAAAUCCUACCAGCUGUCGGGGGCCGAGGCUCCCUGCGGGGAGCUGGAGGACCUGCCCGAGUUCCAGCGGCGGCACCGCAUGCAGUGCCCCGUCCGGAUGGAGUGGUCGAGCGUCUGCACCACCCAGCAGGUCCAGACCAACAACGAGUGCAAGGACGUGGGCACGGUGCUGCUGGCCGUGCUGCUGGAGAACGGGGACGUGGCGGUCUGGCAGUUCCAGCUGCCUUUCCUUGGGAGAGACUCCAUCGUGUCCUGCAACACCAUCCAGUCGGGCGUCUCGGCGCCCAGCGUGCUGGCGUGGUGGGAGUACGAGCACAGCGGGCGCAAGAUGAGCGGGCUCAUCGUGGGCAGCUCGGUGGGGCCCGUCAAGAUCCUGCCGGUCAACCUGAAAGCGGUCAAGGGCUACUUCACCCUGCGGCAGCCCGUGGUGCUGUGGCAGGAGACAGACCAGAUCCCUGUGCACAACAUCAAGUGCAUCUCCCUCUACCACCCUUACCAGAAGUGCAGCUGCAGCCUGGUGGUGGCCGCCCGCGGCUCCUACCUCUUCUGGUGCCUCCUCCUCAUCUCCAAAGCCGGCCUGAACGUCCAUAACUCUCACGUCACGGGUCUGCACUCCACGCCCAUCACCUCAAUGACUGCCAGCCGAUACGGGGGCGCCAUAUACACGUCCUCGGUGGAUGGCAGCGUCAAAAAGCUGACGCCGAUCUUCACGGACUUGGCGGUGAUGUUUGAGCAGGAGCUUAUCCGCUUGCCCGACGGUGUGGCUGGUCGGCGGACGCAUGGCAUCACCACCAGCCCCAACGGGGCGUAUCUGGCCCUGGUGACCACAGAGGGACUGACCAACGGGUUGCAUCCGGUCAGUCGGAGCUACCGGGUCCAGUUCGUCACCCUCAAGACCCCCGACGAGGCUGCUGCUGAGCUCCUGGAGUCCAGCAUCCAGAACCUCUUCAAGCAGGCCGACCUGGUGGACCUGGUGCGCUGGAAGGUGCUGAGGGACAAGCGCAUCCCUUCCAUGCUACAGGAGGAGCUGGACGAGAAGGUGCACACCUCGGGCUCCACCUACCUCUGGAGGUUCAAGCUCUUCCUCUUCAGGGUGCUCUACCAGUCCCUCCAGAAAGCCCCCUCUGAAGCCCGCUGGAAGCCCUCGCACGAAGACUCCAAGGUCUUCAUCAGGGAAGGGGGCUCGGCGGGGUCGACGGGGAGAGGAGGCGAGGAGGAGGAGGAGGUGGAGGGGGAUGAGGAAGAGGACGGGGAGGAGCCCACAGCCUCCACCUCAGAGGGAAUGGGAGGACAGAGUCAGGAGGACAGCGUGUCGGAGGAGCAGAUGAGCGAGAUCAUUGCCUGGAUCGAGGCCGUGGAGUCCCACCUCACGCGGGAGCACAUGAAGAGGGUCCUGGGGGAGGUCUACCUGCACACCUGGAUCACAGAGAACACCAGCAUCCCCACCAGGGGAGUCUGCGACUUCCUCAUGAGCGACCCCACCUACGAGGACAGGGCCGCCAGGGUGCUGAUUGGUCACAUCUUCAAGAAGAUGAAUAAGCAGACGUUUCCAGAGUACUGCAGCCUCUGUAAGGAAGUCCUGCCUUUCACAGACCGUAGGCAGGCAGUCUGCUCCAACGGACAUAUGUGGCUAAGGUGCGUGCUGUCAUACCAGGCCUGUCAGACGCUGUCUUACAGAAGGUGUUUGUUGCAAGACAGCAUAGCCAGGCAUCCCGUCCCUGAUGACCCCGAUUGGAUAAAACGGAUUUUGCAAGGACCUUGCACUUUCUGUGACUCCCCGCUGUUCUAACUAAAGGACUCCUGUAUGGUUUUAGGGACUGCUGUGGGAGAGACUCUGCUUUUUGGAAAACCAACCUCCUGUCCAGACAGUUUAACUGCCACAUGCCCUUUUAUUUUUUUAUAUAUAUAUGUAUAUUAAAAAUCCCAUCAAUGUAAGUUAUGGGUAAUUUGACUUUCCAGUUCAGAACUCUGGUGCAGAAAGUGUGAUGAACAAGGGUUUGAGAAAUCUGUACACCCCACCCUCUCCUCUCCUCUCCUUGUUGGCUCAAACGGAAAGUAGAUUCUGUAUAAUGUUCAUGAAGGGGUGUGUAAGUGUUCUGUAU